AUCACAGCCGUAGCUGCUCAUCUGCAGUUGAGGAACAGACAGGCAGUGUGGCAGAAGUCUAACGCCCAGCAUGAGGAUGAAAGGCUGCAUUUUUCUCAUGAUGAACUUGGCACUUUCAUCAGCAUUCUCCAUCAACUCAAAUGAACCAGAGACAGUGGAAAUUGGUGAAGACAAGGACAUUACAGAAGUAAACAAGGAUUUGCAUGAAGAUGAUAUUCUGGAGUUCCUAAGUACACACAGGGGUGCUACUACUUCUGAGUACAGACGGUGGAUGUCGCCAAUUCCAUAUGUCUUGGGAAAUGACCUCGAGAUGAAUGCUAAAGGAGUCAUCCUGAGAGCCUUUGACCAGUUCAGGUUGAAGUCAUGCAUUGACUUCAAACCGAGGGACUCUGAAAGCAAUUACAUUUCUGUAAAAAAGCUAAGUGGGUGUUCUUCAUUUGUUGGGCGAGUACAAAGCCGUGAACAGGUUCUCUCCAUCGGGAGAUACUGUGAUCAAAUAUCCACUGUUGAACAUGAGUUUCUCCAUGCUCUUGGAUUCUACCAUGAACAGUCCAGAUAUGACAGAGACAAAUUUGUGACGAUUGUAUCAGAAAACAUUAUAAAAGGUUUUGAGAGAAAUUUCAAUAAAGUUAGCAUUGAAAGCAUGACCACCCAUGGGACCCCAUACGACUACGAGUCAGUCAUGCACUAUAGCAAAAAUGCAUUCACCAAUGGAAAUGGGUCGACAAUCAUCACCAAAGACCCAAAAUUCCAGAAUGUGAUUGGUCAAAGACUGGAAAUGAGUCCAAGCGAUGUUCAGGAGCUGAACCUUCUCUACAAAUGCAACUCAACCGUUGCCUUUAAGAUGAACUGUGGCUUUUCUAAAGGGACCGUGUGUGAAAUGAAUCAGUGUUCACAGAGUGGCAAUGGCUGGGAAAUGGUAACACAGGUUGAUGGGGGUCCAAGCUCUGACCACACCAGUCUCCCCAGUGGAAGUAAUGAAAAUGGUGAAGGUCCAGGUUACUUCAUGCAUGUUAGCACAGCGUCAGGUAAGAAGGGAGACUCAGCUUGGCUGGAGACCAAGAUGAUAAGUCCCAAAAGGGAUUGCCCUGUCCAGUGUCUUCAGUUCUACUAUUACCACAGUGGAAGUGAAUCAGAUGUACUUAACAUUUGGAUGAGAGAAUUUCAAGAUGAACAGGACAACAAAGGAACCCUCCGCCUCAUGGGACAGAUCACUGGUCCAAAAACAUCUCACUGGAAGCUCCACCACGUUUCUCUAAAUGCCACAAAGCACUUCCAGGUGGAGUUCGAGGUUCACAAAGGAGAAGGAAGCUCUUCAGGUGGCUUCUCAAUCGAUGACAUCAGUCUGUCUGAGCUCGAGUGUCCACAUUUAACCUUGCAGAUUGAUGAUUUUGAGGAACUUUUGAAGACUAGUAAAUUCGGAACCUUUGUAUACAGUCCACGGCAGUACUCCAGCGAGGGCUACGCCUACCGGGUAGCGAUCAGGCUCACCAGAACAUAUUUUGGAAUGUAUGUGCAACUCUUGUCUGGUGACUAUGAUGACCAGCUGAAGUGGCCCUGCCCACAAAGGCAAGUGACUUUUCAAAUGCUGGAUCAGAACCCAGAAGUGCAGUUGCAGAUGUCAAAGCAAAGGAGUAUCACCACCGAUGCAACUCUGACCAGCUCCUCUGGUACCUUCAUUUGGGACAAUCCUCGCAAGAUUGGAACACAAAUUAAAGAUGAGAAUAAUGAGCUAAUGUUUGCUGGACCUCUGAUGGGCAGAAGCUAUUUUGCGUCUUUGGAAGAAAUUAAGUCCAGAAACUUCCUUAAAGGAAAGAGUGCCAUUUUCAUCUCCAGUUUCCAAGAUCUCACGCCUCUAGUUGAUGGAAGUGCUCUACCAUGUCCUCAAGCAAGACCAGUAAAGAUUACAUAUCCUCCCACAAAUAAGGACGAAGGUCCAUGUUCAUCACGGAUCUCACCCACCACCCUUCCACCUCCGAAAACAACCGAUGACUGGAUCUUAACUACCACACCUCCACCUCCUAAAAUAACCGAUGACAGGAUCUCAGCCACCACCCUUCCACCUCGUCAAACAACUGAUGAUAACAGCAUUUUUGGCUUUUCUCCCGGUAUGGUGGCCUCUCCAGUCCUCAUUCUCCUGCUAGCACUGAUGGUUUUGCUACCUUGAUAUGCAUCUCCCAUCCACAUCUCAUGUCUUUACAUGUACACUUUGCUAGUUCCUUUUAGACAUUUGUUUAUGUUGUUUUCUAAAUGCAAUUAAAAGAGGUCAUUAUUUAUCUGGGCUACAUGGAUUUACUAUAAGACAGGGAAAUUCAGAGCUUUCCGUUGUGACUGACUCACAGUCGUACUUUGCUUAAAUACUUAAAAAUGUCAUGUUAUGCUACGAUGAUUUAGUUAUGGUAGUGGGACCGUAUGUUUGUUAAAUUAUCAAUAAUGAAUCAUUUUUGAAAUCAUUCAAUGUAAUGUCGUAUUUUCUCUAUCUUUGAAGCAAAUAAUAAACAAAACUGCAUCAAUAUCUUUUGUGUCUGCUUUGAGAAGACUAAAAAUAAAUAUAUAAACAAUAAUGUGUAUAUUAUAUGUAUAUUUAAUGCAACUUUAAGGUCAAUAUUUUUGUGUGGUGACCAUGGAAAUACUUCAUUCUUUGAAUUAUGAGCAAUCCAGCUUCCAGAAAACAGUUGUUGUACACAGUAUCUCCCAUCGCAGCCAAUAAAGCUUGUAACUCCUUCAGAGAAGUCA